UUCCAACUUGCCUUCCCGAGACCAUGAAGACCUCCGCCCUUGUCCUUGCCAUGGCUGGCGCCGCCGCCGCUGCGUCGGCCCCGUGUGACCCGGCGUCGCUGGGCGCGAAGCUCUUGCCCAUCUUGGGCACGGCGCCGUUCAAGGCCUGCGGCACGGUCGCCAGCUUUGACCUCACGACCGUCGCCACGGGUGCCAUGCCGUCGGAAGCGCAGGUCAAGAUGAUCCUCGCGAGUCCCGACUGCCAAGAGCUCUACAAGUCGCUCCAAACGAGCAUUGGCAGCUUCACGCCCGCGUGCUCCAUCGGCGGCGUCGAAACGACGGCCGUGACCACGCUUGAGAUGUCCAAGGGCUUCGAGCUCAUGCUCAAGUCCUUUGCCAGCCUCGCCGGCCCGACCUCGACCAAGGCUGCCAACGGCACGGCCGACUCCAACUCCACGAUCAAGGCCACGACGGUCCCGACCGCGGGGUCGCAGGCCGCCGCCACAAGCACGCCCAAGCCGUCCAGCGCGGCCUCGGUCGGCCUCACCAUGGCGGCGGUCGUCGUCGCUGCGGCCCUCCACUAAGCAAAGGUAUGGCCAAGCCAAUGCACUACGGCGUAGUAGUAUGACUCCAUUCACAUCCAAUACAAUGAUGACACAUCGACAUUUAACGCGUCAAGAUCGCCCC